UUUCAGUAAGUGUUCUAAAGCGAUCUCCAACCGAUCGGUUUCACGAUGCUCGUCUCAUUGGGUUGGGUAAUUACCGUGUUUGCGGUUUGUGAAGUUUUAGGUCGACAUUGGGAUGCUGAUCAAAUGCUACCAAAUGUGCGAACUAAUCUGGACGAUUGUAGAUCUCGUUUUCACCAGCUGAAGGCAUCGGGUCAAGUUGCACCGGCUGCAGGUUUACGCGCGUUGAUAAAAGAGUUUGCCCAUAUGGGAGCCAUAGGAUGGACCCAACCAGAUGGUAGAGUAUUCUGGAAUUGCGGAGGUACAUUGAUUUGGGCAGAUUAUGUGUUGACGGCUGCCCAUUGCGUCGUAGAUCAUAACAAUAUACGACCUGACACUGUGAGGUUUGGUGAUUUGAACUUGGACACAGAUGAAGAUGAUAGACAUUUCCAGCAACUAAAGAUCGAUGAGAUAUACAGACAUCCGUUACAUCGGUUCGGAUCAAAGUACCAUGAUAUUGCUCUGGUGAAGCUGGAAAAGCCUGUUAGGAUACAUGAGACAGUUUGCCCGGCGUGUCUGUGGCUGGACACAGAAUUGCGAUUCAGAGAACUCAUUGCUACCGGAUGGGGAAGCACAGGUCACCUUCAAGCACGCACACCAGACCUGUUGAAAGUUUCACUCAAGCCAAUGGAGACCUCUGAUUGCAAAAAAAUUUAUACAAGCGAAUUUGUUCGAGGGUUAGCUUCUGGGCUUCACGAGAAUCACUUGUGCGCAGUUGACGACAAAAUGGACACCUGUGAAGGUGAUUCAGGAGGACCACUACAAGUCAAAUUAUUACACCAAACCUUUCUGACGCCAUUUAUAGUGGCCGUUACUUCGUUUGGUCUACCUUGUGGGAAAUCAAGCCCUGGAGUUUACACCAAGAUAGCGCCAUACCACGAUUGGAUUUUAACGACUAUGCGUCAAAGCGAAGAACAUAUUGAGGACGAUAUAUUCAACGCCACAUUAUGUGCUUUGCGUUUCCAAAACUUCCGUGAAGAAAUUUACUUGUCUCAUCUGAACAAAACGCACGUAAUUAUGUCCACGUAUAUGGACGAUCAUAUCUACACAAUAGAUCUUCCUUCAUAUCUCGUUAAACUCAUGUGGAACGUUAACGAAGCGCCCCAGCAUUGCUACGGUGUACUCAUUGAUGAAAAUACAGUUCUAACAGUCGCUGAUUGUGUACACCAUAGAGGGAUACCUGCUUCAUCUGUAUCACACACCACCGAAGGUGUCAUAAAUAUCUCGAAAAUAAAUGUACAUCCAAAGUACAAUCCAAAUUUGGGCUAUUACAACAUCGCUAUUUUGCGAUUGGAAAAACUAUAUAGCUUCAUACAUAUUCGGCCAGCUUGCACAAACUACAGAAACAGCUCACAUCAUGACAUAGACACUGUCUAUGGGGAAGGGAGGAAGGAUAUGUACCUUUGCAGAGAAUUCCCAGAAUGUAUAGAUUCAUCCUUGGAAUCUCUGGCAGUUUACACGAAAAUAAAAAACAACACCAGCUGCGUUAUUCCCAGAGAGUACCAUCCACGCUUUCCAGACGGCAUUACCAACGAACUGUUUUGCGCAGGAUCUGACAGGUUCCUUGUGCCUGGGGCUUGCAACCUGAAGAUAGGAAGCUCUUUGACUCACAUGGAUAAAACAGGGGAGAUAGUCACCGAAACCAUGCAUGGUGAGAUAAUAACUAUCCUUUUCGAUCUUUAUCCCCCAUUGGAAGCUCUGGUGCAACUUGGAAGAGAUUGUGGAUAUGGCGAGCAUUUGAUAGCAACGAAAGUUCGUAGCCAUCUGGAUUGGAUGGAGCGUGUAUUGCUGCAGAAAAGCGGCACGGCGAACACACUUCAAUUUUUGGAUACUAGUCGUCGCGAGGGAGAUUCAUGCACCGAUGAAAAUAGCCAUCCAGGAAGGUGCACACCAAUAUCAAAAUGUCAGCGAAAGUGGAAAAAAUAUGAACUAACCAAAGAAGCAACUUUCUGUUCUGCUAUUUCGGUGAUCUGCUGUCCACUCAGUGAAAUCGAUAAAGACGCCUGCAGUAAUAAGCAUUCUAUUCUGUCCAAAUGUCCAAAAAUGGUUCAUGACUUACGUCCAGAGAAUAAUACUGCACCAAUGGUUCGGAUACUUGAUACUUCAAAUCGCUACAUUUGCAUGGGUGCCAUCAUCUCCGAUCGGACGAUUCUAACAUCAGCCAGUUGUGUGGACAACAUUCGGUCCCCUUCCGUUCAACUACUACAAAGUUCGGAAGCUAGGUUUCGAGUUCAAGCUAUUAUACCACAUCGCUUCUACAACUCAACAAGCUACAGCAACGAUGUCGCUCUAUUAAGAUUAUCGCAAUCACUGACUUGGAAUCCUCGUCUUCAUCCGAUUUGCCUAUGGAUGAACAAAACUCACUCUCCACUCAUAGUUGAAAUGUUACUUCCUUUUAACACAAGCGAACCCAGUAUCAAGUUCAUCGAAGUUCUAACGAUGUACAAUUCUGACUGCCAAAGGACCCACGAUCAUCGGGUGCUUGACUCGCACGUUUGCGUCAAAUAUCCCUAUCGAAAGCACACAUGUGUUUCUUCACAAAAUAUGCUUCGGUGGGAGGACAAUGAAGGAGUUCCCUACAUAAUCGGGCUGGCUGUGGAUAACAGGGAGUGCACAAAUUGGUAUUAUAUGGUGUACUCUAGAGUUGCUGCACUCGUAGAUUGGAUUGUGGAUAACAUCAGCGAUAAAGAAAUUAAGCGAUCUUUCAACACAGAAUAACAACUGCUGACCUAAUUUCAGAUAUAUGAAUAAUUAUUAAUACAUCUAAACAUCAUUGGAAUUGAUUCAGCCGUUUUUCGAAUGUAUUUGAUAACUGGCCACCACCGUUUUGCAAAAUAAAUCAGAAGCUU